UUUGAAAUGUUUUAAAAUUUAGAAUAUUUCCAUCUGUCCCUCUCAUCAGGCAUUUUCUGCUGACAACCAAAAGGGGAAGUAAAACUCAGAUCACUUCCUUUCUUCCUGUCAGUCUAAAAAAAGGAGUAGAGUGAACCUUCGUCUGGUCAAAGUGUUCACACCGUCACCUCCAACAGCAUCACUGAAAAGACUCACUGCAGAUUGUUCAGAGUAAAAUAUAAAUAUUUUUGGUUUCAGUAAAAGUCUGAGAAAAGCUUAAGGAGAGUCGACAGACUGAACUGUGCAGAAAUGACAUUUGUGAUCGGACUGUUGCUGAUGCUGAUCACAGUCACUGAUGGUGUGGUGACCCACUGUGAUGGCAGACAGAAUGGAACUCAGUGUUAUGGAGCUUUGGGAGGAACUGUUUCUCUCCAGCUGAUGGACCACUUCUCCCAAAAACAUUUAUACCAGUUGUUAGCUAAAAACAUGAAUUUACUACAAGUUAGAAAAUCUAGACCACUAGAGAUGCAAAACAGAACUUCAUUUUUUCCCUCUAAUGGAACAUUUUGGAUCCAUAACCUGAGCAGGAGUGACAGUGGUGAAUAUAGACUUCAAACAUUUGAUUCAAAUGGAACAUUGGCAGAACCUCGCACCUUAUGGUUGUUAAUACAAGCUCCUGUGUCCUCCGUCUCGCUGGUCUCUGAGUGUUUGUCUCAGGGAGCGAUGAAGGUGUCCUGCUCCUCUGAGGGAGGGGACAGUCCUCAGUACAGGUGGACUCUGAAUGGAAAGUCACUGACAGAAGCUGAGCUGCUUUCUGGAAACAAGCAGACAAACAUCAUCACUUUGAAACAACACGUCUCAGGACGUCUGGUCUGCUCCUCCUGGAACCACGUCAGCUCUGUUUCUAAUUCGACAAACAUCUGUACCUGUGGCUUCAUUCCUAUUAACUGCACCAAAAGGACUCUGUGCUUUGAACCAGCAAAAAGCCCACCAACAGAGAAGGACAGAACUGUGGUUCACGCAGAUCCGUCCGUGCUGAGAUGCAGUCUGAUGUUUCUGUUUUCUGUUGUUUCCUUUGUUGGAAUCGGCGUCUAUUUCAAGUGGAAGAAGAUUAAAUCUGAGAAAGCUGAACAGUUUGCUGCAAGACACAGAAGAACGCUUUCACAGCGUUUCUUAACAAGUGUACAGGUUCUGUACGAUAACAUUCAACCAAAAUCAUAAUCUAGUAUCACAUUCAAGUUAAAUGUUCUACACAAAGUUUAUGACUUCUAUGACAUGACUGUAACUAUACUGUACAAGCAGAGUAAAGUCAUUGUUUUUAAUAUGAUUCCUAAUAGACUUAAGAGCAAAAUGUUUUCAUCGCUACCAUCUUAACACCUUGGUUCUCAUACAAAUAUACAUUUGUAACUUCUGUUUUGUAAAUAUUUUAAGCUUAUUCUUCAAAAAUGUGUGAUUUAAUUUGGAAAACCUUGAUGACAUUUUUGUAUGUGCUGGUUUCCAAAACAUUUGGUGUACUUUUUUACUAUGGCUUUAUGCAGCCAGCUUAACGCGGCAUUGAAACUAAAAGUGGGUGUUGAAAAAUAAAAUAUUUGUAACUGUUAAUUCAAAACUUACAUUUUAAACCACAAAUUACAUUCAAUAAAAUGAAUAUGCCAUUCAAGUCCAACUUAUUCUGCAUUUUUAGUCGAUUGCUUUCUCUUCUUACGCUUUUUAACGCUAUUUUUACUCCCAAAUCUUUUGUUUUUCAAUGCCAAGUUUUUGUUUCAAUUCUAUGUUAAGCAAAUGUCAUUGUAAGCCCAGAUUUCACACACUUAAUAUUAAUAUGACAAUAAAACUCAAAA